GAUGUUGAAAGACCACUGCCACAGCGUUGGCUACUGCCGAAGAGGCAGUUGGACACAUGCGUAUUCGGAAGAUCCUCUCUCUGGAGACAGUUAUUCAUUGCAAAAUACAUGAAUACACCUGGACAAACAAUAAAGCCCCAUAGAAUAUGGGGCUUUAUUUACUAACACAUCUCCCAAAAGGCCUGUGAGUGUCUAAGUCACCCACCCGUCUUUUCGGAGGAUUCCUCGCCCUCGUCUACUGUACUGAUCCGCACCAUUGCCAGGCAAUGACAUCGGCUACGGCAACUCCGCAGGAGAUGAGAGACCGGCUGAUGCAGGCCAUCGAUGGCCAAAGCAAUCAGAUCUGCAACAUGGUGGCUGUAAUGGAAGUAAUUUCCUAUUUGGAGAAAUAUCCCAUCACCAAGGAAGCACUUGAGGAAACCCGCCUUGGCAAGCUGAUCAACGACGUAAGGAAAAAGACGAAGGAUGAGGAUCUCGCCAAGCGCGCGAAGAAGCUCCUGCGCACAUGGCAGAAGCUAAUUGAGCCUGGGCAGAGUGAGGCACUAUCCAAGGGGCAUAUGGGUCCGCCAGGCGCUGCCAACGGUGGUAUGCAUCUCUGCCGGAUGGACGUCUCCCCUCCAGCUGCUAUCUCGCCUUCAGGUAAAAUGGUUCCGGAGCUCAAGAGUAGAAAUGACUUCAACAACCGUUACUCCCCCAAAGCGGAAAAGUCAGGCAACCGAAAACGGAAGGGGGAACAGAGGGACAGACAGCACAUACCAAUGAAAAUGUCCAAAAUAACCGCCUAUGAAAGAACACACAACUCACGACUGCCAACAAAUGGAAUUGGAGCCGGUCCUGAGGCUUUUACGGACACAUGUGGUACACAUCUUAAAUCAGACAAGGAUGGUGCUGAGCAUCUUGACAUUGACAGGCUCAACAAUAUCCCUGUCAAUGCUGUCAAACCUCACCCUAGCUCACCUGGAGUAGCCAAACCUCCGAGCACUUCCACAUUGCUCAAAGUGGCUGUUUUGCAACAGCAUGGCAAAAUGGACCUGGCUGUCUCAGGAGGGGGGCUGCAUCAGCCCAAACAUCCUCGAAGCAACUCAUAUAGUCCCAGAAGUACAAAACAGGAUGCGGUAGUUAAACUGUCUAUGACCAAAUCAACGACUCUACUGAGCCCUGCUCGGAGCCCCAGGGUCAUGGAUAGCUCUGGACUGGGGCCCUCUCCUUUGCAUUCUCCACACCUUUUAACUCCAUGUAUGCAGGGUUCCCUCACUGUUGGGCCUCUGCCUACAGAGUCUGCCCUUCAUUGGGACGGACCGGCAAGCGUGGACCAACGCCUUCAACAAAGCACCAGGAGACCUGACUCUCUGCACUCCAAAGCCUCGUCCCACAGCGAAGUGAAGGCAGAGAGUGAUGGUUCUGUCACUAGCACAGCGAGAAAGAGGAGAAAGAAAUACAGGUCCAGAGACUAUACAGUGAACUUGGGUGGGCAGCCCACGGAAGAGACCACAAUGCCAUGUAGGUUAAAAGACCGUAGACUUACGUUUGACCCUGUAACAGGGCAGAUCAAACCCUCAACCCUCAAAGAGUCUGAUCCGGAACUGGAGGCUACAGUGGCUCCGGUCACACCAGAACUUCCUCGGACAGAACUGCUCAAGCAGAACCAUUGUGCACAGAAUAGCCCUGUUACUCCCAGUCCAUUUCAACAGACCAACUGGAAAGAGUUGUCAAGGAAUGAAAUCAUCCAGUCCUACCUUAACCGUCAAAGCAAUGUGCUCACAUUGUCUGGGGCUCAAACCUCGGGGGCACACUUUUUCAUGUCUGAGUACUUGAAACAAGAGGGACAUCAUAUCAAAGAGGGCAGGAAAAAAAACAUGCUGGUACCAAAUAUCCCUGAUACGGACUUACCAGGGGUGAGCCGAGCGGUCACAAACGAGGAUCUCAACAGAAUACACAAGGAGCACUGGCCUGGGGUGAAUGGUUGCUAUGACACCAAGGACAACUGGUAUGAAUGGACAGAUUGCAUUUCCUUAGACUCACAUGGGGAUGAUGGCAAGCUGAAUAUCCUGCCAUAUGUCUGCCUAGACUGAGUUUAAUGAGCUGUGGCUUCAAGAUGGAAAAAUGGCACCUUCCUUGGCUGAGUGCAAAAAGGCAAUUGUCAAUGGAAGAACCUGCUCACUUUGCAGUGGUGGUGUAAGAGAGGCCUUGCUAAUUGUGCUGCUCCCAUAAAAAGCAAACGUUGAUCAGUGUUCGAUGGGAGAGAGCUCAGCUGUAGCAUCACUGAAGUUCUUUGAGUGGAAUGGGUCCAUACAUUGUCUGCCAAAUGCUAAGAGUUUAAGGUGCCCAGUAACUUCAAGUAUGGAACCUGUUUGUCAUGUAGAUGCUGGCAAAGGGAAUGAAACGUGUGGUUAUAUCAUGUAUGCAUUUAUUUAUCUCUUAUUUUCUUUAAUUUUGUUAGUUACAUAAAAUAAAAUUAUACACUUCACUUAUUCAAUCAGUUCUGCUAGUCAGAUAAGGUAAAACUGUGUUCUGCAUAUUUUCUCACAAAUUGUUUGCAGUAGCAACAUUCCAUACCACCAUACAACUAGAACGGUUCUUGCACCAACAUCUUAAUAUACAGGGAAACUAUCUGCAAAAUGACACAUUAUGGAAAUGUGUGAGUUAAUAGCAUUUUCUUGAGACUUUCCUUUUUUCCUGUUUCUAGGUAGUAAAAUAUGAAUUCUAAUGGCAAAGCAGAUGAUGCUACAACAUUGCAACUAUGAGGAAAAACAGAAAAAUAAAAUGUUUAUGCUGGAAAUGUACUUGUUCCCAUUCCUUUAUAUUGUUUGCCUUAUGGAAAACAAUGUUUCCUCAAACGGAGCCUUAGUGAAUGUACAGAAAUUUGCCUUUUUGUGUACAGGAAUGCAGAAGAGAACAUAUUUGCUACUUAGUCCUUUUUAAAUGGACACGUUGAUACAGUGUGUGUUAAUAAAAAAAAUAAAAAAGCAAAUCGUGAGUGUCUUUCUUCCUUUCAUGUGGAAAGCCGUUUGGGUCUUUGCGUGUCAAAUAUUCACGUCAAAUAAGCUUGUUGACCAAUCAGGAUCUGAAUAUGACUGCACGUCACAUACUUUAAAGCGUUCCUAUUUUUUUUACGUAGUGAUUACACUCGCACUCGUAUUUCAUGUCACAACUAUUUAUAGAUACGUAUGCUAUGAUGCCGGUAAUGUUGUCUCGCGCACCUUACAGUGCUGGUCAUUAAAAAAAAAAGCUAGCUAGCUCAUGGAUGCAAACAAUGUUCAUCCCCCAAAACAUAGCAAAACAACAACUGUUUCAGUAGC